CGCACCGGAGCUAUGUUGGUGCCACUCUGUGUCUCCACGUUCAACAGUGAAAUAUUAAAAGGAAAUAUAUAUAUGAUUGAUACAUAGAUAACUUUGUCUUUGCUUUGUAUACGGACAAAAAGUUUCAAAGUACGCAGGAUAAUUGCGAACGAUAUCAGCGGAGAACGAAACUUGUCCAUUAAAUUAAAGAAAAAUUGAAAGUCUCCAUUAGAAUAAUUUUCAGUUUUUUGAGGUUACAGUAAAAAAAGUGACUCCACGAUGCUUGAUCCCAAGUUUCUCGGCAUCAUCUACUUCGUUUGGCUUUCGUUACUCGAAGCAGACGCUGCCCCUUACGCCACCCUGCGCUUCUCCAAUGCAUUUGAUGCUUCACUAAAGCACAACAUCAAUAAGCGAAACGCGGAAGCUGAACCGGCGCCAGAAGCGGUUGCGGACGCGAGUUCUGACGCCACAUCACAGCCAGAUGCAAUAGCUGAAGCUUCAGCUUCCGCGGAAGCUCAAUCAUUUGGAGCAUUUCAUCCUCAUCAGGUGCAUCCGUCUCAACACGCGUUCAUCCCAAGUCACGGACCUCCGCACCAUGGAGCUGAUCAUCUCCAAAGUAUACAUAUCCUUAGAGGUCAUCCACAUGAUGGUCAUCCUCGUGGGCAUCCUGUUGGACUUGGUGGACAUCUAAUUGGUGGGCAUAUAAAUGACAGGCCCCCAAACCCAGGAGCUCAUCUUGUUCAUCCAGGCCAUCAGAGCCAUCAAGACAAUUUUAGGCAUCUAAGUCAUCCGGAUUUUAACUUUCAAGGAGGACCAGUUGGAGGCCGAGUGCGAUCAAGAGGUCUCGGGUAUGAUUUUACUUACGACAUCGGAGGUCAUCCCAUCCAUGGGACGCAACAACAUAAGCACAGAGUGAUUCAUCAUAAGGUCAGAGAUGAUAAUCACCAUGACGACAACAAUGACGAGUACCAUGAAGACGAUGAUGAGAACUAUGAUGAAAAUCGGAUCACGUCGGGAUACGGUCUUACUAAACACGUCCGAAUCCAUCCUCACGGUGGCGGACCGUUCCAUGGACGAGGUCUCAACGAUGGCCCGUUCACGUCUGUAGUGACUUCCCACCCCGUACAUCACGGACGUCAUGGGCUCUUUGGUCACCCUAUUUCAGGACAAUUAGGUUCCAGAGGACACAUAGGAAACCCUGGUGGGCCAAGCGUGGGAUUCAUUGGGCCAGGAGUCCAUGGUGCUCCUUUAGGUUUCAGGAGCCAUGUUGAGCCUGGAGGUUUUGAUGGGCGCAUAGGCCACGGUGUGCAUGGAGGUCUAGGUGGGCCAGUUGGAGGACAUGGCGGAUUUAUAGGAGGAGUGGGUAUUCAUGACAUUGGUCACAGCGGCCUAAUAGCGCAUGAUUUACGUGAGGCUCAUGGAAUAGGCCAGAUUUUCGAGCAUGGGGGGCCGAGGCACACAUUGAUUACUAGACAGCACUUGGGACACCCAACAAGUCAUGGAGGACAUGAUAUAAGAGGACACGGAGGUCCAGGGUUCAUUGGUCACUCGCAUGGAGGAACAAUAGGCCGAGGUUUCCCAGGCGGAGGUUUUAAUCGAGGUAAGGAGUUGGAGAUCGAACCUGAUGGAAAAUUCAACCCCAUAGAAGGAUUCGAAACUCCUAAGAGACAAUUAGAUGACAUUGGAAAUGGAGUUAGCGAUGGGCUUAAGCAUAUCGGAAAUAGUAGCGGUCGUUUAAGCCGUGAGAAACCUAUUAGGCAUGAAAGAUAUUAUGCCGAAACAACAGCUCAUGACUCUGAUGUCAUUUAAAAGACCUAAUAAAACAUUAGUUUGUCUCUGCGUUAGCAUGAAUGUACGUGUGAUAAGACUUAUUUAUUAUUAAAUUUUUUUAAGCAUGCAAUGGACCGCUCGUAUUGAUUUUCAUGAGAAGGUUAUUAAGAAUUGUAUAUGUAUGAUUGCUAUAGAAAACAUCUUAAUUUAUGAUUAUAUAAGUGUUUAAUAAACAUUAAAUAAUCGAUUGAUAGACUGUUGUUUAUUGUCCAUAAGUGAGUUUGCGCCACUUAGCAAAACGCUAAUAUACUCGGUAAAAUUUUAUCGGCUCUUAAAAGUCGUAUUUAGCAAUGCUCUGUUAAGGAAAGUGCUAUCGAAACUGUUAUAUAGCUGAUACUUGUUAAAGCACUUGAUUUC